AGAAGGUUGACACAAACAAGGGAAGAGAGGGAGAGAGAGAGAGAGAGAGAGAGAGAGAGAUGGCAUCGGUGGUGAAGAGCGUAUUCAGGUCGAUCAAGGAGAGAGGCGUCGGCAACUUCCUCAGGGAGCUCAGAGAAGAAGGCUACUUGAAAGCCCUUCUCGAUGGGAACCUAAUGCAAACAAAAAUCCACAAUAUUGGGGCAACGCUUGUGGGUGUUGAUAAAGUUGGCAACAAGUAUUAUGAGAAUCUUAACACACAAUAUGGUAGACACAGGUGGGUGGAAUACGCAGAGAAGGGUCGCUACAAUGCUUCUCAAGUCCCACCAGAAUGGCAUGGUUGGCUACACUACAUAACUGACCAUACUGGUGAUGAGCUUCUGAUGUUAAAACCAAAAAGAUAUGGGAUUGAGCACAAGGAAAAUUUCUCUGGAGAAGGUGAUGAGUUUAUUUACCAUUCCAAAGGACAUGCCCUCAAUCCAGGACAGAGAGACUGGACAAGGUACCAGCCUUGGCAACCGACCAAGUAAAUUUUUAUAGAAUUUUUCCCCAAGAGCUUUGAGAAAAACAUUACUUGCUGCUCGUCCAGCUAUAAUAAAUGGUCUCCCCCUUGAGUUGGUAAACGUGUGUUGAUGUUUUCAUAAAUGCCUUUUUAUUCACUCCUUUGCAUUGGGAACUGUCUGUUGUUUCUGCAUUUGAACCUUAUUUGCUUCCAAAAGGAAAGCCAACCAUAUUAUUAUUAUUUUUUCACUCAAUUUUAGUAGAUAAAUACCUUUCUCA